AAUCCAACAAACAUAUUGCUCAGCUUCCGGUUUGGCGGUCGCCAUCUUUCUUCAGCGCCUAGUGAAGGAGGACAACAAUUUCAACGGCUUUGGGAGUGGAAGGCGACAGCCCCAAGUCUAGCUGGUCAAGCCAGCAGGGAGCAGUAGGGAGACGGCGGCAGCGUGUGACUGACCUUGGCUCGUUGAGGUGUCCACCACAGCGGAAGAAUCAGAAAACGGCAUCUGAAUUGCUUCUGACAAAAAAUCCCAUCCUUAAGUACCUUAUGUUUUAUGCUGGCUUUCUGGUAGAUGUCUAGCUCACUCUCAUCUAAGAAACGCCGUGUUUCUGGGCCUGAUUCAACACUAGAGUCUCACUGUUUCCCUACCUACCCUGUGACGUUGGAAGUGCCCUCAGAACCAACCAACGGAAUGCAGAAAAGUAUUGAAACAGACAUAGAUGAAGGUCUUUACUCCCGCCAGCUGUAUGUGCUGGGUCAUGAAGCAAUGAAGCGUCUUCAGACAUCCAGUGUGCUAGUGUCAGGCCUGCAGGGCCUGGGUGUUGAGAUCGCCAAGAACAUCAUCCUUGGUGGGGUGAAAGCUGUUACCCUGCAUGACCAGGGCACUGCCCAGUGGGCUGAUCUCUCUUCUCAGUACUACCUACGGGAAGAAGAUAUUGGUAAAAACCGAGCUGAAGUAUCCCAACCCCGCCUUGCUGAACUCAACAGCUACGUGCCUGUCAGCACCUAUACAGGACCGCUGUUUGUUGAGGACUUCCUUAGAGAUUUCCAGGUAGUGGUCCUUACUAACACUCCCUUGGAGGAUCAGCUGCAGGUGGGUGAGUUCUGCCACAACCAUGGCAUCAAGCUUGUGGUAGCAGACACACGUGGCCUGUUUGGGCAGCUGUUCUGUGACUUUGGAAAGGAAAUGAUUGUUAGGGAUUCUAAUGGGGAGCAGCCACUCAGUGCUAUGGUUUCUAUGGUCACGAAGGACAACCCUGGGAUUGUUACAUGCCUGGAUGAGACCCGACAUGGAUUUGAGAGUGGAGACUUUGUCUCCUUCACGGAAGUUCAGGGCAUGAGUGAACUGAAUGGCAUUCAUCCUGUUGAGAUCAAAGUUCUGGGGCCUUACACCUUCAGCAUAUGUGAUACCUCCAGCUUCUCUGAGUAUAUUCGUGGAGGCAUUGUCAGUCAGGUCAAAGUACCUAAGAAGAUUAGUUUUAAAUCCUUAGUAGCGUCAUUGGCAGAGCCAGAUUUUGUGAUAAUGGACUUUGCCAAGUAUUCUCACCCUGCUCAGCUGCACAUUGGCUUCCAGGCCCUGCAUCGGUUUUGUUCUCAAUACAAUCGAUCUCCUCGACCACAUAAUGAGGAAGAUGCAGCAGAACUGGUGAUCUUAGCACAGACUGUGAAUUCUGAAGCCUUGCCCCCAGGACAGCAGGGCAUCCUGGAUGAAGACCUCAUUCGCAAGUUGGUGUGUGCUGGGAAUCUGGCACCUAUAAAUGCCUUCAUUGGGGGCCUGGCCGCCCAGGAGGUCAUGAAGGCCUGCUCUGGCAAGUUUAUGCCUAUCAUGCAGUGGUUGUACUUUGAUGCUUUAGAAUGCCUUCCUGAAAACAAAGAAGCCUUCAUGGAAGACAAAUGUCUCCCGCAUCAGAACCGUUAUGAUGGGCAGGUGGCAGUAUUUGGCUCAGACCUACAAGAGAAACUAGGCAAGCAGAAGUACUUUCUGGUGGGUGCAGGUGCCAUUGGCUGUGAGUUGCUCAAGAUUGCCAUGAUUGGACUAGGCUGUGGGGAGGGUGGGAAUAUUACAGUGACAGACAUGGAUACCAUUGAAAAGUCCAAUCUGAACCGACAGUUUCUCUUCGGCCCUGGGAUGUCACA